CAAAUUGGUAGCUUAUUUCCAUUUUCAACGAACAUAACGAUUAACGAUUCGCAUUUGUCUUUCUACAUAUCCCAAAUCUAGCAAGGCCAAUAUUAGAACUUUCAAGAUGGAGUUUGGAAACACAGGAAUGUUGAACGAAGGUAUUGGGCAUCCAACUCAGCUCUCAAUAAAGUUGAAACUAACCGGGAGCUUUCUAAAGAUGGCAUUCAUGUCGAUAUGGAUCGUUUGAAGAAGGGCGAAGUCAAGUAAGACCCUUUGUCCUUGAUUUUGAGCUUUACUAAUAUCAUAUGAUAGCUUAGGAACCUCUAUGUAUGAAACCUUGAGACCACGAUAGCAACAAUAAUCGAUCAAGAGUAGCAUUGACAUUCAUUGUAGUAUGGCCAUAAACUUUAAGGAUGGUGUCAUUCUGGGUCAGUUCUCUUGAAACACAAUCUGCGGGGUAUAACAAAUAUUGAUGGGUGGAUUGAACAGGUGCGGAUAGUAGAACAACAACCGGAGCAUAUAUCGCCAAUCGAGUUACGGACAAGCUCACCCAAGUUCAUGACACAAUCUGGUGUUGUAGAUCAGGGUCUGCAGCUGAUACUCAAGCUGUUGCGGAUAUUGUUCAUUACCAGUUGGGAAUGUAUGGAGUUUUGAAUGGGAAAACACCAACUACACAAACGGCUGCAGCUAUGUUCCAGGAACUCUGCUAUGAUAACAAGGAUCAACUGAGGUAUGAAUAGAGUUCAACGCGGUUUUCUCAUUCUAAUUCGAGAUUAGUGCCGGUUUGAUUAUUGCUGGUUGGGAUGAACGACACGGAGGUCAAGUUUACUCAAUACCAUUAGGAGGAUCAUUACACAAGCAAUCUUAUGCUAUUGGAGGGUCCGGUUCGACAUAUAUCUACGGAUACUGUGAUGCGAACUGGAAGGAGGGCAUGGAAGAGGCUGAUGCUGUUGAUUUUGUCAAGGGCGCAUUGCAGGAGGCUAUUAAAUGGGAUGGGAGUUCCGGAGGUGUCAUCAGAAUGGUGGUUCUGACGGCUAAGGGAGCAAACAGGCAUCUAUAUCUUCCAGACACGAAUUAUACUGUUCGUCAUCAAUAAGAUGAUGAAUGAAUGUACGAAUAGAACCCGACAAUAAUACCACGGAGUUUACGCAAUGGAUUAAUUUGCAGGGUUUCAUGGCGGUCAAUGAGAGGA